AUGAAUCAGUUGUAUGUAUGCUGCUUUGAAAUGCUCGAUCAGAUGGACAAUCUAUUGCGUUUGCCGUUUAUAGUUUUUGACCUUAUUGAAGCACCUCUAGAACAGAAACUAGUGUUUAAUCAGGUUCAGUGCUUGCUUGCUCCACUCGCUCCUGUGCUUGUUGAUGUCAGUGUACUCUACCGCUAUUUGCUACAACUUUUAUUCAAACUUCGACAAGGAAUUACUAAUGAAACUUUUAAAACUCAAGGCGACAGGUUUCACAGCGUUUACGCCAAAACAAAACUAUUCAUCGAAAAAGCAUCAAGCUUUGGAUAUCUUCGCGCCUUAGUGAAAGUUCCUUCUUUCCCUAAACCAGAGCCGGCAUCAGAACUAAAUGUAUGCCAAAUUAUCGAAGCUGCAGAAGUUUCAGACGUUACCGCGAAAAGUACGGCCGGCAUGAUAGUGUGUUUGGAAGACACAUUAAAUGCUGAAAGACCUUCACUGGAUUUUUGUAACUUACAUUCUUUACCUCACCAGAAUCUUUCACAAAGUCAGCGACACGAGAAACAAGCCACUGAGCAAACUCUAAUUCCUCUAAAGCUUUUCCAGUCGUUGAAGAGCUUCUCCGAUGCAAACCCGAAGUCUCCAAAACUGAACCACGGACGUUCUGAAGAGACGGAGCGGUUGAAAUAUGAGCUUGAAGAACUGAAGGUCGAUUUUUUAACCUUUUUCGCGGCAUUUCCACUGCUAUGUUAUUUAACAGAAGUUGGUUUAGAAGGAGAACGACCAAUUUCGGUUUGA